AUGAAAACUAUACUCGUGUUUGUGUGUGGUUAUGUGUUUAUGUGUGUAUUUGGUCAAGAUUGUAAAGUCGGCGGGAAAAGAUGCGUUGACCACGAACAAUGUUGCGGUGGGUGCUGUUUCUAUGGAGAGUGUGUCGAUACGUACAGAUCGUGUUACUUAACAUCAGAUGUGUGCGAUGGCCAUGUGUGCAUCGGUGAUGAAGACUGUGUGGUGUAUGUGCCGCCAGAAUGCCCGGGAUGUGAACCACUACCUAUCUGCAGACUACUUCAGUUGGAAUGA